AUGAAGUCGUUCAAACUGCUGUUUUUCUUCUUGCCAUUGGUAGCCUCCUUCCCCGCUUACGGGGACCAGGCGGUGUUCACCAACCAUGACUUCAGCGAUGCACUGCAAGUGAUAUUGGAUGGGAAACAGAACAUGGAGAAAUGGGUACACGACGGCAAGGAAUUCAUCAAGCAGGAUAAUCUUAUGUAUGAACUCGUCUCCCAUUCGUCAUUUGAACAACACCAACUUCGAGUCACCAAGCCCAAGUUGUGUGAUCCUACGGUCAAACAAUAUUCUGGCUAUCUCGACAUAGAGGAGGACAAGCAUCUGUUCUUCUGGUUCUUCGAGUCUCGAGAUUCUCCGAAAGACGAUCCUCUAAUUCUGUGGCUCAACGGCGGCCCUGGAUGCAGUUCUUCCACCGGACUCUUGUUUGAGCUUGGUCCUUGUCGCGUGACUGAGUUGGGUCAUAACACCACCUCCAACCCAGACAGCUGGAAUUCCCAUGCGAACAUUAUCUUCCUCGACCAGCCUAUCAAUGUUGGAUACUCGUACGCUGACAACGGCAAGACCGUUUCCACCAGUCCUGUUGCCGGGGAAGAUGUCUAUGCUUUCCUCGAGCUGUUCUUCCAUAGAUUCUCCGAGUAUUCGGAAUUGCCAUUCCACAUCGCUGCCGAGAGUUACGGCGGAACAUAUGCACCGAACAUCGCGAGCGUCAUCCACGAGGCUAACAAGAAGUUGUCUAUCGCCCUCACUCCCAGCCUGAAGAAAGUCAACCUCGCCUCAGUCAUUCUCGGCAAUGGGCUCACCGACCCUUACAUUCAAAUGGGUUCCGUUGCCGACUACGCUUGCGAGGGCCCAUUCCCAGUCUUCAGUGAUCCGGAGGGCCCUGAGUGUACCUCCCUUCGCGCGAAGAUCCCCACUUGCCAAAGGCUCAUCAGUACCUGCUACAGCUUCCAAUCCAGGUUGACCUGUGUACCCGCCAUGCUCUACUGCAAUUCUCAGCUUUUUGGACCUCUUAUGCAAACCGGCCUAAAUCCCUACGAUGUUCGAAAGAAAUGCGACAGAUCCAAGGACAAAGACGGCGAACUGUGCUACAAACAAAUGGGUUGGAUAGAAAACUACAUGAAUGAUCCUUCUGUCAAGCGCGCUCUGGGCGUAAAUUCCGAGCGUAAAUUUGACUCAUGCAACAUGGAGGUCAAUCAGGCGUUUGCGUUUCAAGGAGAUGGAGCGCAUAACAGUGCCAUCCUGUUGCCAGAGUUAAUUAAUGACGGAAUCAAGUUACUCGUAUACGCUGGAAAUGCCGACAUGAUGUGCAAUUACAUUGGUAACUCAAGAUGGGUUGAAGAACUGGAUACGAUUUUCAGUGAGGAGUACAAAGAUGCUGAGUCGCUUCCCUGGACGACUGCGAAAACUGGUACAAUUGCGGGUCAAGUUCGUAGUGCUGGUGGUGAUGGGUUCACUUCGGGAAAUGUCACUUUCGUGAACGUCCACAAUGCCGGACACAUGGUUCCGUACGAUCAAUCAGAGGCUGCCCUGGAUCUGAUUACUCGGUGGAUUAAGGAUAGCCCCCUGUCAUAG